AUAGAGAGAGAGAGAGAGUGGGGGAGAGAGAGAGGUAGAUAUCGAGAGGGUGGGAAAGCGGAAGGCAGGCAGUGCGAGGAGGGAGAUUUUCAUUGUGUUUUGACGAUCCUUCAGAGAGAGAGAGAGAAAAAAAAAUCAGCGGUUGAUUUGAGAACAAGAAGGAGAGGGAUUUGAAGGGACUCCGCCUCUCUCUCUCUCCCUCUCUCCCCUCCUCCCUUUCUAUCCCUCAUUCCCCCGAGCGAUGCCCUCUGAUUUCAUAUCGCUCCUCAGCGCCGACUUGGAUCUCAAUUCGCCCAAGAGUUUGUACUCCAAAGAAUCCGUGUAUGACCUACUACCAAAACAGCUUCAGCUUCCAGCAAGUGAGACAAGUGUUGUAUCGAUGAGUCAGAAAAGUGGUGGUGAGGCAGGCUCUCCUCCCUCAGCUACAGUCGCCGCUGAUGCCUCCUCCAGCGGUGGUCAAAGCAGCACCUUCACCACAUCUUCCAAUCCUAGCAUGCAUUCUACCUCAGUAACUGACAGCACAUCUAUGCAAGUAGAUAGCUGCGCUCCAGAACAGGGGGUAAGUAGCCAAGGGGUAAGUGAAUUACUGAACUAUGAAAAUCAGUUAAGUAAUGCCCCACAGCUGCAGUCUACACCCAAAAGGAGAACAGUCCUCAACAUCUCACCACCCCCCGAAGACUUGCUGGAUGACAGCAGGAUGUCUUGUCAGGACGAGGCAGGUGACUCUGAGCAAAGCAGUAAUAUCUGGAUGGAUGACUCUGGCUCCAACUUCAGCAUCAUGAGUUCCAGUUCUUACAAUGACAAUACAACAGUGCCCCGAAAAUCAAGGAAACGCUCACCCAAACAACGCCCUGGCUUUGUGCCUGAGGGUGACGAAGAUACAAAUAUGGAUGUAUUUGAUGCAGACAGUGCAAAAGGACCCCAUUAUGUACUUUCUCAACUCGGCUCAGAAGGCAAAAGCAGCUCAAAGGGAAGCAAUGGACCAGAAGAAAAACAGAAAGUGGUUACAAAGAAGAAUCCAGCGCUGACUGGCCACUAUCCUGGUAAAAGUGAAGGCAAAGAGUUGAAGGUACUGGUGCAGCCAGAAACUCAGCACAGAGCGCGAUACUUGACUGAGGGCAGCCGUGGCUCCGUCAAGGACCGGACACAGCAAGGCUUUCCAACAGUAAAGUUGGAAGGUCACAAUGAGCCAGUGGUUUUACAAGUUUUUGUUGGCAAUGACUCUGGUCGUGUCAAACCCCACGGCUUUUACCAGGCCUGCAGAGUCACUGGGCGAAAUACCACUCCUUGCAAGGAGGUAGAUAUUGAAGGAACAACUGUGAUAGAGGUCAGCCUAGAGCCUGGGAAUAACAUGACACUGGCAGUUGACUGCGUGGGGAUUUUAAAACUGAGAAAUGCUGAUGUUGAAGCACGAAUAGGCAUUGUGGGAUCAAAGAAGAAAAGUACCCGUGCACGAUUGGUUUUUCGAGUGAAUAUUGUCCGUGCCGAUGGAUCCAUUUUAACUUUGCAGACACCCUCAUCACCCAUUCUGUGUACUCAGCCAGCAGGAGUACCAGAGAUCUUGAAGAAAAGCCUGCACACCUGCACAGUGAACGGUGGAGAAGAUUUAUUUCUGAUAGGAAAGAACUUUCUAAAAGGCACAAAAGUUAUUUUUCAAGAGAACGGUUCGGAUGAGACCUGUUCUUGGAAAUCAGAAGCCGAAAUCGACAUGGAGCUCUUUCAUCAAAAUCACCUUAUUGUUAAGGUACCGCCAUAUCAUAAUCGACAAAUUACAUCACCAGUUUCAGUUGGAAUAUAUGUUGUGACUAAUGCUGGAAGAUCACAUGAGGUGCAGCCUUUUACCUUCACUCCAGAUCCAACAAACUCAUCAGAUGUCAUUGUGAAGAAAGAAGGAGUUGCCCAACCAUGUUCCUUUGAGGAAGUUAUCAAAGCUGCAGCAAUGAAAGCCACAGGCUGUAACCUGGAAAAAGCGAAUCUUCUUCCCAGUGCCUUGAUAUCACCCCUUCUACCAUCUGCUUUGGUUAAGAAUGAGGAAGUGAAUCCAAUGGAUGUAACAUCAAAUCAGACACCAUCUGCAGUCUUUAAGAGUCAAGAAAUGGGACUGGGACAGCCAUCUUUGGAAACCACUUCUAAUAUUUCAGGAGGGUCUCCUUUCUCUGCGUCCAUUUCCCAUCAAGGAGGGGAUGGUGAACAACACCAGCAAAUUCAACCAAAUGCCUAUCCAAGCACAGAGUCUCUGGCCACUGUCCAGAAACAACAGGACAUUUCUCAGACUUGUGCGUUUCAAUCCACAAAUUCUACCAGUCAGCUUCAGAACAAUGAAGCUUUACUUCAGCAACAAACGCAGUUUCACAAAACUGGCAUUUUGUUGGAUUCAAGCGAAGUGCAACCGAGAGACAUUUUGCAGUCUGGUGAAACUAUGGUGUCAUUGACUCGGUUGUCUCAGUCUGGGCUGCAACAACAACAGCAACAACAGCACCAAUCACAAGCACUGCAGGAGCAUUCUUCUAACAUAUUCCAAACCAGCAGUAAUGUUUCACAGUUGCAGAAUGCAAUGCAAUCUAUGCAACCGGGAAACUUUCAAUCCAAUAGUAACAAUGGGAGGAGUGAUAAUGUUAGUCUUGUUCAACAGGCUUUGGAGGCUGCUCAGCAGCAGUUGUCUGCUGUUUUAUUUACUGGCCCAUCUGAUACCAUGCAACAGUCUGUGGAACAGGUGCGAGAGCAAAUUAAUGCAGAGAUGUUCCAACAAGUAAAUAAUAUGCAGAGUAACAUGGCUCAAGGUUUAUUCUCGACUUCAGACAACUCAUCCCUCUCUAGGUCUGACAACGUUCUCUCCGGACAUGAAAGUUCGUUGUCAAAUCAACAACAGCAAGCAUUAGAAUCUUCCACCGGUAUGGUGAUGGCAAUACAACAGAACAUUUGCACCAGAACAGGGCAACUGCAAUCAGAUUUGUACCAAUCAUCAAAAGUAAUAAAUGUCCAAGGGUCUUUAAAUGGAAGCCUUCAACAAUCUGAUGUUUUUCAGCAACCUUCUCAUGUCAUGUCUGGUCUACAGUCCACUGAUGCAAACCAACAUCAGAUGUCACACGGUGGAUUGUUUUCAUCGAGUACAAAUGUUGGAGGAAAUGAGAACAUGGGGAAUUCUCAACAACAAACAGCUUCCUCGAGUCUCUUUCAGUCUUCAAGUUCCAUGGUCUCUGCAGAGGCCUCAGCGCAGUCAAAGCAGAAACAAAACAAUGUGUUCCAGUCUAUCGUACAAAUGAAGCACAGCGUAGACAAUCAACCUCAAGUCAAUUUAUUUUCGACUACAAAUGGAAUCAUGCAUGGAAUUAAAGCUGGUGGACCCUCACAGCAAACUGGACUUUUUCAGCAGAGUGGAGACAUGAUGCCCAUUCAACAAGGAAACUUCUUGCAACAGUCUGCUCACUCUACUCACCCGUCAUCUGAAUUGUUCCAUCCCCAAAACCCCAUUAAUCAAGCUCAGAAUACAGCACAUUCCCAAGAGCCACAGUCUGGCCUUUUUCAUUGCCAGAACACUGUCCUCCAGCAUCAAAACCCUGCUGCUUCCCAGGACCAAGUACAGUCAGCGUUGUUUCAUUCUCAGAACUCAAUGGCAGUUCUUCAAAGCUCAUCACAUCCCCAAGAUCAGCAGCAAGCCAAUCUUUUUCUCUCUCAAAACUCCUUGUCUUCACUUCAAAAUAGUAACAUGUCACAAGAAAAGCAACAGAUCACCUAUUAUUCUCCACAAGGUUCAAUGCCUACACUCCAGAGCUCAGCAUCUCCUGAGCAGCAAUCUGUGAAUGUCUUUCAGCCCCAGUCGCAAAUGUCUUGCAUACAAAAUACCAUGAUUUCUCAAGAACAGCAGCAACAGAGUCAUUUUCAACACCAGGUCACUUUAUCUUCAUCACAGGCUAACACUUCUCCCCAAAACCAGCAAGGCUCACUUUUCCAGACCCAACACUCACUGGUUACACUUCAGAACAGCACCUUGUCCCAAGACCAACAACAGAAUGUUCUAUUUAACUCCCAGAAUACCAUUUCUCCAAUAAACAACAGCAUGACUUCCCAAGAGCAACAACACAACAUCCUUUUCAACUCUCAGAAUGGCAUGGCUUCAAUGAAUACAAACAUGGCUUCCCAAGAGCAACAGAACCAAACUCUUUUUCACACUCAGACAAACAUGGUGUCGGUCAAUCAAGAGCAACAGUCGUCCAUGCAAUUCCAAAAUCAGGCCACAGUUUCUUCACUCGCAAACAGUGGGACAUCUCAAGCAGACCAGCAGCAGUCAUCUGUUUUUCACAACCAACCCCAAAUGCAGUUAGUUCAAAGUUCAGGUGACUCUCAAGACCAGCAGGUCACACUGUUCAUUUCCCAGGCUUCAAUGUCUGCGUUGCAGAACAAUAUGACUCAGCAAGACCUUCAGCAGUCCAACAUUUUUAAUUCUCAAAAUAAUGUGCCUGUCCUUCAGACCAACACUGCUUCACCAGGUCAGCAGCAAAAUACACUUUUUCACCCACAAAGUGCGAUGAAUCAGCUGCAGAACCCACCGCCACCACCUCAACAGCCGACUGACUUAUUCCUGUUUGGAAUUCAAAAUGACUGUGGACGAUUAAUGAGCAUAAAUGAUGUAUCUCGGUCAUGUUCUUCUGGACCAUCUACUUUGUCUGAUCAGCUGCUAGCAAUAAGCCAGUCUGGCCAGGCACAGAAUGAAGGUCAAUCCGUCUCUUCGCUCCUUCCACAGCAGUUGACUGACUCGAGGCAGCUAUCAUCCAACAUUACCGCAGAACAGAACGUGGAAAAGAUUGACAACAUCCUUGUCACUUUACAGAACCAAGGAAAUAACAUCAACAGGAGUUUUUAAUCCCUCGAUUGUUCAUAUGGCACAAAGAAGAAUCAAGAACAUUCAAACCUUGUGAAACUGGAACACCCAUCAUAAGGCGAGACGGAUGAUUACUGUACCAUGAAGGGAAAGUCUAUAGAUAGUGUUUAUAUCCAUUUCAGCUUUUAAGCAAGUCCUUGUUUGCUACUUGUAAAUUGCCACAUUUCAGAAAGCUUAAGUUUUUUUAUAUGCAUUAUCACUGCAAAAAUGCAUUUUUUUUAAAUAACUUGUUAUAUUUCAAUUGGCAUUCCACCAUAGAAAGCAAGUCAUGAUAAGGUAUCUGUGCCCCCUGGCUUUAUACCUUUCUAGUUUGUUGGCAAAAUUAUAAUAACUGCCUAAAUAUACACAGAAUUAAUGUAGAUAUUGCAUUUUUAGUAUACUUAAAUAAAUAUUACUUAAAAUCAUGCCAUUACCAGUCAGUACAAAUGAAUGAGGAAACGAUUAUUUCUCUAUUGUACUCAAACCAGCCAAGAACCACCAAAACCCUCAUCUACUGGUGAUGUCGGAGUGAAAUGCCAGGUAAGACUGAUUUGACUGGAUCCCAACGUUCCAUUGCUACAGACACUGAGGUGCAAUAGGUCACAAUAGAUUUGUAUAUUGCUUUGCAUAGUACUAGUUGUCAAAAUGGCUGGCAUAUUUUGUUGUUCUAUCAUUUUUUAAUCAUGAACUGCAAUCAUUCAUAAAAUGUUAAACAAGCUAUACAGCAAACUUCACUCCAAUUAUCAAUCAGCUCAUGCAUACAGAAAUUUGCAGGCUUUGUUUGGUAAUCAUAGACUUCACUGUGGAGGGGAAAAUGAGUGACAGGUCUGCAAACAGGAUUCUGUCGACAAGUGUGAAGAAUUACAGACUUUUCCCUUGAAAAAAAGACCCACUAUGAACUUUAUGUAUUAAGAAAAUGACUAUUCUAGGACACUAACACUAAGGAAUGAACAUUUUUCAAUUUAGCCUAAAUCAUACAGUACAAAUACAGUAAUUGUUUUUAUUGAAAAUUACUUGGGUCCAAAGUGGAACAACUUGUUGAUAGAAAGGAGAGAACUUGAUUUUUAUAGCAUCGUGUCACAUCACUGUGUCAAAUCACUUCACAAGUAAUUACUGUCAAGUGUUGUGACUUUUGCUCCACCAAGGACGUCCCAAAAAAGAUGAAUGACCAAUUAAUGUGGAAGAUUAUUGCCCAGUAGACUUCUGAUUUUUGUAUAGUGCUAUGGGAUGUUCAGGCAUUUUAUUAGAUCAUGGCAGAUCUUUUAAUCUAAUUAUCCUUUUAUUUGACAUACUCCUUAAUACCAUACUUCCAACUAUCUCUGUUUACAGAGAACUAUUUUUUAAUGUUCAUCUGAAAAUAAGCAGAUGGGGUCUCAGUUUAAU